AUGUAGUAAUAAGGAUAAUAAAUGGAAGGUGAACAAUAGUAAAGUAUUUGUGAAGACUAUUAUAUUAUUAAAACACUUGGUGUAGGAAAAUAUGGCAAGUAGGAACUUUAAAAUUAUAGAAUAGGGUUAAAUUGGGGCAGAAAGCAUAAAACCUUGCUGCUUUGAAAUUUUUCAAGUUUGAGAAUGAAUAAUAAUAAUAAAAUCAAAUACAAUAACUACUAAGAGAGACCUAAAUAUUAUAAAAGCUUAAUCAUCCAAACAUUAUCAAAUUAAUAAAGUAUAGUGAGUAACUUAAAUAUACUGUAUAAUUAUUGUCUAAAUUAGCAAAAAAAUGGUACAAUUACUUAUAAAAUGGGUUUGAUCUUAGAAUAUGGAAGUAAUGGCGAUAUGUUUUAAUAUUUGAAGCAUUUUUAAAAAUUUGAUGAACAAAUUGCAAGAUUUUAUUUUUGUUAGAUGAUUAAAGUUUUAAUUGAUAUGAAAAAUCUAAAUAUUUGUCAUCGAGAUCUAAAACUUGAAAAUAUUUAUUUUGACAAUGAAUAUAAUUUAAAAAUAGCUGGAUUUGGAUUUGCUACAGAGUAUUAAGGUUUAAUAAAUAACUUUUAUGGUGGAACAUUACGUAAUUUUAAAUCAUAAAUUUUAAGCUUAUAUGGCACCAGAACUUUUAGAAAGGAGAGAAUAUGAUGGAUCAAAAGUUGAUGUUUUUGCUCUUGGGCAAAUUUUAUUUUUAAUGAUGACUGGAUAUUUUGCAUUUUAAAAAUCGAAUCAUUUAAGUUAUAAAUUAAUUAAAGAGAAAAAUCAUUAAUAAUUUUGGUAAAAAAUGUAAAAUUAACUUAAUAGAGAAUUACCAGAUAAUUUUAAGUAUAUUUUAUGAUUUAAAAAUUUUUUUAGAGAUCUUAUUAAUAAAAUGUUUGAAUAUGAUUUUAAUCAAAGAAUAAGUUGUGAAGAAUGCUUAGAACAUCCAUUUUUAUAGGGUCCUAUAGCUAAUUUACAUGAAAUAUAAUAAUAAUUCAGAGCUGUCGAAGAUAGAAUAAAUUAAGAAAGAGACAUACAAAUUUAUAGGCAACGAGAAGAAAUUAAAAGGCAACGAGAAGAAAUUUAAAGACGACAAUAAAUUGAAAGGGAAAUGCAAGAAUAAAUGGGAAAUGAUAGUAGUACAUUUAAAUGA